GCUCCCUUCUUAUCCAUUUCAUCCGAGCCGACUAGGCCACAAUAAGCAAGACAAUUUAGAUGAAGACGCGCGGCGCCUUCCGACACGCCGUGCUGCUGCUCACCGUAGCCUCCCUCGUCUCCGUCGCCGCCGCCGCCAGCAAGGCCCGCUGCCAUUCCGGCGACAACGCGGCGCUGCUAGCCAUCAAGGCUGCGCUCGGCAACCCCUACCACUUCGCGUCCUGGACGCCCGACUACCCGUGCUGCGACUGGUACGACGUCGACUGCGACGACUCCACCGGCCGCGUCGUCGGCCUCUCCGUGUUCCAGGACGAUAACAUCACGGGCACCAUCCCCGACGCCGUCGCCGGCCUCGUCCACCUCCAGAGCCUCACGUGGCACCACCUCCCUGGCAUAUCCGGUCCCAUCCCGCCGGCCAUCGCCAAGCUCUCCAACCUCUCCUCCCUCACCAUCUCCUGGACCGCCGUCUCCGGGCCCGUGCCGUCCUUCCUCGGCGCGCUCACCAAGCUCACCUUCCUCGACCUCUCCUUCAACUCCCUAACAGGCACCAUCCCGACCUCGCUCGCCGCCAUCCCAAACCUCUCCGGCAUCAACCUCAGCCGCAACCGCCUCACCGGCUCCAUCCCUCCGCGGCUCCUCAGCAAGUCCGCCGACCAGAUCUACCUCUGGCUGUCGCACAACAACCUGUCCGGCGCCCUCCCCGCCGAGUUCGCCGCCGCCAAUUUCGCGCACCUCGACCUGUCGCGCAACCGCUUCACCGGCGACGCGUCGGGCCUCUUCGGCCGGGGAAAGGAGCUCCAGUACCUGGACCUGUCGCGGAACGCCUUCAGCUUCGACCUUUCCGGCGUGGGGCUGCCGGAGCAGCUCUACUUCAUCGACGUGAGCCACAACGCCAUCACAGGCGGCAUCCCAGCGGAGGUUGCCAACCUCACGAACCUUCAGUUCUUCAACGUCAGCUACAACCGGCUCUGCGGCGCGGUGCCCACCGGCGGCCACAUGGGGAGAUUCGACCUCUUCAACUUCCAGCACAACAAGUGCUUGUGUGGAACUCCGCUUGCUAAUCCCUGCAAGUGACAAUCGAUUCAUCAAAUGAACUCUAGUCUUUAUUCUCAGGAAAUAAAAUCACUGAAAUUAUAAUCAGUUCAGUGAUGCUUAUGGAUUAAAGGUGUUUUGUUUCAGUUCAUUCAGCUAAGUCCCCGCCAAAACGUGGCCCUUUAUUUGGAUUGGAGGAAUUUCAUAGGAAAACCGUUUUCAGAGAUCAUUUUA